UUUAUUAAAAGGGACGAAGGACUAAAAUCCUUGAAGAAUUUGAGGCGGAAGUCAAGCAAAUAGGUAGGAUUGCCAAUUCGAGUGACGUCACUCAAAUGGAGCCUGCUUUUCUAAAAUUACAAGAGCGAUCAAGAAAAAUCUAAUACGGACGUUUACGGUCCAUUUUCCAUCAAUUUUACAAAACGAAAGUGCCUGGAGAAGUGUGUGUGUGCUAUAAAUCUAGUUCCACCGAACUGUGAAGAUAGAAUAAAUAUUUUUUUAAAUUUAGUUACAGUUGCGAAGAUUCCUUCAUUUAUUGUCCAAAUGAAAAUGCAAAGACAGCGCCCACCAAGAAUCAAAUAGAAAAAUGCCUGUUGUAUCUCAAUCCCGUUUUACCCCCACAUCCUCCCCCAUUACGGGGUGCCGAUCUUCACUCACGUCCUCUUUAGACAACCCCUACUUCCGCAGUAGUGGAACGUAUGUCACGUCAACUCUACGCCGUAGUUUUGGAGAUCGAACUACCGAAUUUAGAUCUAAAUAUUCAGAAAUCGACGGCAAGAGGGAAAGAAAAACCUCGCUAGUGGAGUAUUCGAGGACAUCCAGAGCACCAAGUGUGACAGACUCGGAUAGUGGGAUUUCGAGAUAUAGGACAGAAAGGAGUGAAUCUAGAUCUAGAGAUGUGUCGACUACGAGGAGCGAAAGUAGCAGAACGAAUGAUGCUAACAGGAAAAAAAGGGACGUCCUCAGCUCGGCGGCUCUUGCCAUGUCGACCGCUGAGCUCUACAACAAAUACUCGCCGGCUAACUAUGUGCCGCUAACACAACGGAUUCAGAAAGAGUACGAGAUAUCAAGAUCUAAGUCUAUUUCGAACGAUAUAGGCCGCCCUCCCGCUUCCGAGUUGAGAAUACGAAAGCCGAGGACAGCCACCAUAUCCGAGAAACCGGAAGGCAGAAGAUACAAAGAAACAUCGCCCACCUACCCACCAAUGUACAGCAAGCGAAACUCUAUGACCAACGGCAUAAAAGAUACCAAUGGAAACGAAGUGCCAUCCGUUUCCGAAAUACGAAAGAGAAUCGACUCAAAAAUGACAGUCACCAAACUACCUGCAAACGAUCCCAAAUAUACCAACAACACGGUGGAGCAAUAUCUUAAUAAGCUCAAAGAUUGCGAAAACGGAACGAGCGGAUAUACAAAAUACAACUCGAAAGACGACCAACCUGUCCCAAUACAUUUGCCGAGCGAAAAGAAUGGCAGAUACGAAUCACCAACAAAACUUUCGGAUAUAACCAUCAGCAAGACUUUAUCUGAACCAGUGUCUUUAGCGAAACCGUCCUUAGACAAAUCCAUCACAUGUACCUCGCUUUCGAAAACCGAUAAGUUGGCCAGUAUCAAGAGUCAACUGGAUCCUAAUAACCCAAUCGGGAAGAUUCUAGAAAGAUCAACGGUUAUACAAACGGAGAAUGGAGACGUAGAAGAUAAGAGAAGUAGCCCUGAAGUUAGGAAUUUGAAGAACGAUAUAGAAAAGCAAGUAAAAACGCCAAAACAUACGUCGAAUUUCGCGUCCUAUAUACAGAUUUCGCAACCGGUGGCUUCAGGGCUUUCCCCGAAAGCAGAUAAGAAGAAGAUUAAGUACAUAGAUACAGAACUGGAAGAAUCGCCGACUGGUUUUGAGAAUAAGACCUUUGAACACGAGAAUUACUUGAAGAAAAGAUCGGAAAAGUUGGAAGAUGGAAUAAACUCUAUGGAAACUAGUACGGAGAGCACGAUCAGUGAGCCCACUGAUUCUAGUUCCGAAACGCCACCCGCCCGAAGGAGGAUCUUGGACAAAGACUAUGAUGAUAUCAAAACGGAGUUGGCUGGGGGUAAAAGUGGACCGAGCGGCCUACGCAGGAGCAGCGAGCCGCAGACAGACCAACUUUCCACUGCUAGUGGUCUCAAUGGUCUCCGCAACAUCGGCAACACCUGUUUCAUGAACAGCGUGUUCCAAUGUCUCUCGAACACUCGCCCACUGCUCGAAUAUGUGUCGGAUGAGAAGUACACGGCCGACAUUAACACCACGCUCAGCUGUAUGAAGGGCGCGUUGAUCAAGGCGUUCGCGAGCGUUAUUAAAGAGCUGUGGCGCAGUGGUGAACGCGAUACCGUCGUGAACACGACGUCGCUCAAGUCGCAGGUUCAACGUUUCGCGCCUCGCUUCAUGGGAUACAGUCAGCAGGAUGCACAGGAGUUUCUACGCUACCUGCUCGAAGGUCUUCACGAAGAUGUGAACCGAGUCACGAUUAAACCCAAACCGAUUUUGACAGAGAUUGACGAAAGUUUGAGCGACGCAGCGAAGGCGGCGGAAGCCUGGAACCGCUACCUCCGCAUGGAGGACAGCCGAGUGGGAGACAUCUUCGUGGGACAACUCAAGUCCACGCUGCGCUGCACUUACUGCAAACACGACAGCGUCACCUUCGACCCCUUCUGGGAUUUGAGUUUGCCAAUUCCGUCUCGCACGGGCACUCUCAAGUUGCAGCAAUGUCUUCAGCACUUUGUCAAAGAGGAAGAGUUGGAUGGAGAUGAGAAGCCGACGUGUUCAAAGUGCGGAGUGAGACGGAAGUGCCUCAAAUGGUUCACGGUCCAGAAGUUCCCGCAGGUCUUGGUGCUGCAUCUGAAGCGUUUCUCCCCCACCGAGCGGUUCCGGGGCAAGCUGAGCGUGGUGGUGGAGUUCCCUCUGACCGGCCUCGACAUGUCUCCUCUCGCGGCCAACAAGACCAGCUCGGCCGUCUACAACCUCUACGCCGUCAGUAACCAUUCGGGCACCACGUACUCCGGCCACUACACGGCGUACUGCAAGCACCCGUACACCGGGGACUGGCACGAGUACAACGACUCCAGAGUGUCCCCGAUAAAGCCCCGCGACGUGGUGUCGUCGGAGGCCUACGUGCUGUUCUACGAGUUGGCCUCCUCCACGUAGCGAACGCCGCCUCCGCCCUAAUGGAGAGCCGCAAAGGCGACGGCGGUCGUCUGUCCUCGAGUCUGCCGUCUGCUGUGAACAGACUAACAUAACACGUGUACCACACGCGACCGAGCUUUUGUGAACGGGCUAGUCCCGGUCGUUCAUACAUUUAGAUCAAUUUCCGCCAAACGACCCGAAGAUUCCGCGCGCGACGGUUUAGCGGACGAACGUCAGUGACCGUGGAAUAGGUUUUUCGUGUGGAAUCGUCGGUGUUUUUAGAUACAUAAUAGUCAUCGUGUGACAGUUCUCAUGUACAAAACGGCUGCCUUAUUAAGUAGCGGAUAGAGAGGGAUGAACAAAUAGUGAUAGAAGUUAGUUGUAAAGGUUGCUCUCCUGACUGCAGUCGACGCAUUAGAAAUGAGGCUUCGGGUCGUAAUUCAUAUUUAUCUGUCUGUCUCGCUCGCACUUACGGGAGAUUGUGCGUAAGAAUUGAAGAGAUGUAUAUCGAUAACGAGAUAAGUACGGUCGAUAUGCUAAAUUAUGUUAAUAGGAAUAAUUUUUCGCUAUCUAAAAUAAAAAAUAAUAAUUUGUAAGAUACAUGUCACCAUUUAAUUUCAUCAAAACCACGUUAGUAAAUAAAUUCUCCGUAGCGUAAAUAAUGCAAUGAGGGUCAUAACAAACAAUCUUAUAUUUAUAGAAAAACAAUAACCCUUACUCGUGACGACCAAUCAGAAGUCGGAGCGCGUGCGCAGCUAAGUAUCGAUAGCGACAUUUAUUGCCCGACGACUCAGUUUAAAAUGCGUCGACUUUAGGAGACGAUUACAUUAGGAAAUAGCCGAACAUAUUGAUUUAGACCUUAUUACCUUUGAGAUUUGAUUGAGAUUUGCAUAAACGCGUCGCGAAAGCGUUUGUCGUGUGUCGUACACGUUCGUCGUGCCUAAUCAUUUAUACGGGGUGUUGCGGAUGUUUCAAAGGUACAUUGAACUAGAAUAGGAUUUUAAUUUGUUAGUUCGGUUAAGGGAGGGUAUUAAAUGCAAAAUAAAUGCUUAUUUAGUGUUUGUAUAAUUGAGUCAGAACUCGAUACGACACGUCACUGGAAUUGUUUUAUGUCGCUUGGAAUACUAAUACGAUGUACCUUUCAAAUAUUAUCGAAACAGCCCGUCCAGUGCUUAUUUAUUAAUUUAGGUUAAAUGUAAAUAUAUCAUCGCGCCGUCAUCAUUGUUUUUGAUAGAAUUUUGCAUUUCUUUGUAUAAACUUGUAUCAAAAACGGCGAUUGCAGUAUUCUACUUACAAAUCAAUGUUAGUAAUUCACCAAAUCAUUUAUCAGUUUUUGGUUAUGUAUACAUUCAAUAUCAGAGUCGGACGUUAAUUGGACGCGCGUCUAAAAUUUGAUAAUGAAAUUUGUGCUCCGUCCAAUUUAUAUUAUAAAUGUUCAUUCACGAGUAAAUUAUUUCUUGAAAAUGGAUUUUAAUUUGAUUUCCGUUCUAGAGAACUAGAUACUAGAGUAUAUCUAUCAACACUCUUAGUAUCGUUUAUUAUUUGAACCUCAAAUAUAUUCAGUAUUUCCGUUUACAAAUACAUUUAGACGCGCGUUUAUGUUGUAACAAUAUAUAAUACGUGAGUUAGGGUCGAAAGCACAUAGUAAUUAUUUUAACGCAAGGAGAGAUUAGAACAAAUUAUUUAUAAAAAUACUUCACGAUUUUGAUAAUUCAAAGGUGCUUCUGGCCAUUAUCAACGGUUAUAAUAUACCUGAAAUAUUAGAAAAACCUGAAUACAAACGGGAUUGUAUUAUAAUAAUUAAAGCAUUUAAAUAUUGUAUAUUGUUACUUGCCUAAUUCAAACCUAUAUAUAUAUAAAAAUAACAUUUAUUGAGUGCCGUUUCAUUAUUAUUAUAGAUUAUAAUAAAAACUUGGAAAAAUGUCAAUGUAUGACGUUGACACUAGCCGCUCGGUUUGCGUUAACGUUAGUAGUGUUUCUCGAAAUCGCAUCACGAUCUUGAAUACUCGUAGUCCUACACUUUUAUGUUACCUUAAUGAUAGUGCGAAAGUGGUUUGAAGAGGUAAAAUUUUAAACCAACGGUUUCCAUCGACCGGCCAUCGGCAAUUGAACUCGACCGGACACGUCCGCUUUUACGCAUCGUGUCCGAAGUCCUUUCUACGAGUGAAAGUUUUUAUAGUUAUAAAAAUUGAGAAAUCAUAAAUUACGUCAUACAGAAUAUAAAUAGGUGAACUGACGCGGCGUCCGAAGCGUCCGAGGCUCGUGGAGUUUGAGUUCGAUGGGCUUUUAUUUGCAAUUAUGUUCAUCUUCGCUACUUGCGUGUGAGACUAUAGCCGGUACGAAAAAAAUCACGAGCGAUUUGAAUGAUGGCCGUUAGUUUAAUAUAAGUCGUCGGUAAGCGCGCCUGCGUGAUUGUUUUUCUGUUCAUUUAUGUUUUAUAAUUCUAUUAAUUGUUGAUCGUUUUAAUGAUUUUGGGGACUUCGAUUGGUAUAAGUUAAGGAUUAAUAUGUUUGUUGUCUUUGCAAAGUUUAUCGUCUUACCCUAGCGCGAGUUUUAUUUUAUUACAUUUUAAUCGUCUCGAAUAUAUCUCAAAAUGGCUGCGGACUUCUUUCUCACCUUUAUUAUUAUUGCACUGAAAUAGAGAAACUGAGAAACUACAUACUAUACAUUUUAAAUGGAUGUUGAAUGUCUUUUUCGUGUCGGUCUUGGUUUAAUCUAUACUUUCGAAGGCCGCGGUUCAUGUAAGAUGAAACUCACGCUAGGGUCCAAAGUUGGGGUCCCCAAAGUUGCAAAAGAAUCUUACUUAGCCAAAGAUUGUUACGAAUGCUGUAUUAAUAAUAAUUUAUUGUUCAUUUUUGAAAUCGCUGGGCUCCGGUCCAUUAUUGUAUAAUACGUAACAGAUUAUAUAGAUAUAUAUUAUUAUUAUAUAAAUGAGUAAAUUAUUUAA